AUGCGCCUCUUCAACGCCACCUCCCACCAACUCACCGACUUCGUCGAGACCAUCCCGCCCUACGCCAUCCUCUCCCACCGAUGGCAGGACGAGGAGGUCCUCUUCCAAGACAUCGUGUCGGGCACGGCACGCACCAAAAAGGGGUACGAGAAAAUCUCGCAAUGCUGCGCACAGGCCCUCCGCGACAAUCUGGGGUAUAUCUGGGUCGAUACGUGCUGCAUCGACAAGACCAGCAGCGCGGAGCUCUCGGAGGCGCUGAACUCGAUGUAUGAGUGGUAUCAGAACGCGGAGGUGUGCUACGCUUAUCUGUGCGACGUGGAUGUGGCUGAUACGUCGGACGGCGAAGUGCCGUCGGAAGGAGGAAGAAGCAGUGGCGGGGGGUUCGGAGGCAGUGUCUGGUUCACGCGCGGCUGGACGCUGCAGGAGCUCCUUGCGCCGGCGCGGGUCGAAUUCUUCAAUGCGGAUUGGCACCCGCUCGGCGCCAAGGCGGAGCUGAAGAGCAUCAUCGCUGGGAUUACCGGCAUCCCCGAGGCGGUGCUGGACGGGACGCGCCGGCCACAAGAGCUGAGCGUCGCGCAGCGGAUGUCGUGGGCGUCGCAGCGGGUGACGACCAAAGUCGAGGAUAUGGCGUAUAGCCUGCUCGGCCUGUUCGAGAUCAACAUGCCGAUGCUGUACGGGGAGGGCAAGCGGGCGUUUAUCCGGCUGCAGGAGGAGAUUAUGAGGCAGUCGGAUGACCAGACGCUGUUUGCGUGGACGAGGUCGUCGGGUUCGAGUUCGUCGCCGGCGGAUGCUGAGACGACCUACCAUGGGCUGCUGGCGCAGUCGCCGGCGGACUUUCGAGACAGCGGCGAGUUCGUGCAGUCGCAGCAAAGGUUCAACCGGAGUCCGUUCUCCGUGACGAACAUGGGGAUCAGUAUUGAGCUGGCUGUGGUGCACUGGACGAUGGACAGGUACCUCGCGGCGCUGGACUGCGAGAUGCAGAGCAAGAAGAGCCGGGUGGGGAUCUUCCUCGCGCCGCUGCCGGAAAACAACCAAUAUGCGAGGGUGAUGGGCGCUGGAGACCACCUGCCGACAUUGCCGGCCGACGUGAAGUCCGAGUAUCGCAAGGUCUACGUGAGACAGAGAAUCGCAGGGACCCCAAGGCCCCCGGAGCGCAUGUACGGGUUCUGGCUGCGGCAGUUUCCCCCGGUUUGGAAGGGCCCUCACUCUCAAUUCGAGGUGACGGCGUACCACCCCUGGGACGAAACAGAGCGCAAGCUCUGCAUCCCGCCGGGGAAACGGGGCACCGCGGGAAUCAUCAGAUACUCCAUGCGCCAGGACCGCGUCGUGAACCUGCGCGUCGGAUUCGACGCCAUGCUGAACCCCGUGGUCCAGUUUGGUGGCUCUCUCAUGACCGACGCUCGGUUCCGAGCGCGCGAUCCCCAUGCCUUCGAAGCGCAGAUGGCGGACGACUGGAUGGACAAACGGAGGGAGUGCGUUUUCAUCGGAGACAGGAACCACGGCCUCAACGUGAACGACGGGAUGAUCCGCAUCCUGGUCCUGGACGAGGUCGUCCAGGGACAGCCAAUGUGGGUGGUCUACAUCGCGGAGCCGGAAAACGGAGCCUGGCACAAAGACUGCGUCUGCGACGGAUGCCAGCUGACGGUGUUUGGGACGCGAUAUCGAUGCCAGUCAUGUCCUGGAUUUGACUACUGUUCCGACUGCUUCCCGAACGCGAAGCACACGCACCCCGGCCAUGAAUUCCUCGAGGACAAGCCUGUUUGGCAUGCUGGAGUGUACUGCGACUGGUGUGCUGAGGUGAGUAUGCUGCUUUCCUUGUCUUCUGCGUUGGCUGACUCCACAGGGGAUAUAUGGCCCGCGGUAUAA